CCAUUCUUCCCCACAUUCAAACAGUUAAUAAACUCAUCAUGAAGUCCUUUAAGUUCAUGUUGUUCCUUGAGUUGGCAAUGCUCGUGGCUUUGAUGAUCACAAUUCCUGCUCUCAUUGAUGCCGCAACAACACUAUCAGCAGCAGAAGAAGAAGAAGAACAGUCGAAUGAGCAAAGGUUGACAACUUCAUUACGUGGUUCCUCCAGUCGCUUGCUCUCCUUCCAUUGGAAGCCUCCUCGGCAUCAGAGGAGGACUUGUAACAAAUACCCUAGAGUUUGUCACGCCAAGGGAAGCCCGGGGCCAUACUGCUGCAAGAAGAAAUGUGUUAACGUGCUGACAGAGGAGCUCAAUUGCGGCAAGUGUGGGAAGAAGUGUAAGUUCUCGGAGACUUGCUGCAAAGGUCACUGUGUGAAUACCAUGUUCAACAAGAAGCACUGUGGAGGCUGCAACAAGAAGUGCAAAAAAGGGAAUUCAUGCAUGUAUGGGAUGUGCAACUAUUCAUAGAAUUUAUGUUAUAUAUUUCUAGAUCGAGCUCAAAGCUACCUAUCAUAUCCAUGGUGAUUGAUUUACUGCAGCAAAACUGGAUUAAUUAAUUUGUUCAUGUUGAUAAUUACUAGUGUGUGUGUGUGCCCAAUAAUAAAGGCAAGUCAUCAAUAUAUUUGAUGAAAUUUGCUAAUAUUUGUAUAAUAAAGUAUUAAUUUGCAACCUUU